GCGGCCACCUGAGCCCCUACGCCGGCGCCAUGGCGGAGCAGGAGAGCCUGGAGUUCGGCAAGGCGGACUUCGUGCUGAUGGACACCGUCUCCAUGCCCGAGUUCAUGGCCAACCUCAAGCUCAGAUUUGAAAAGGGACGCAUCUACACGUUCAUUGGAGAAGUCGUUGUUUCUGUGAAUCCUUACAAGUUGUUGAACAUCUAUGGAAGAGACACAAUCGAGCAGUAUAAAGGACGUGAGCUGUACGAGAGACCCCCCCAUCUCUUUGCUAUCGCUGAUGCUGCUUACAAGGCUAUGAAGAGGCGAUCAAAAGACACUUGUAUUGUGAUAUCAGGGGAAAGUGGAGCUGGUAAAACGGAAGCCAGUAAGUACAUUAUGCAGUAUAUUGCAGCCAUCACUAACCCUGGUCAGAGAGCAGAGGUUGAAAGAGUGAAGAAUAUGUUGCUGAAGUCCAACUGUGUUUUGGAAGCUUUUGGAAAUGCCAAAACCAACCGUAAUGAUAACUCAAGCAGAUUUGGAAAAUACAUGGAUAUCAACUUUGAUUUCAAGGGGGACCCUAUUGGUGGACAUAUCAAUAACUACUUAUUGGAGAAGUCUCGAGUGAUUGUGCAACAGCCAGGAGAAAGAAGCUUUCAUUCUUUCUAUCAGCUACUCCAGGGAGGUUCAGAGCAGAUACUGCGUUCUCUGCAUCUCCGGAAAUCCCUUUCAUCCUACAACUAUAUCCAUGUGGGAGCUCAAUUAAAGUGUUCGAUCAAUGAUGCUGUGGAAUUCAAAGUAGUAGCUGAUGCCAUGAAAGUCAUUGGCUUCAAACCUGAGGAGAUUCAAACAGUGUAUAAAAUUUUGGCGACUAUUCUUCACUUGGGAAAUUUAAAAUUUGUAGUAGAUGGUGACACGCCUCUCAUUGAGAACGACAAGGUUGUAUCUAUCAUAGCAGAAUUGCUGUCUACUAAGACAGACAUGGUUGAGAAAGCCCUUCUUUACCGGACCGUGGCUACAGGCCGCGACAUUAUCGACAAGCAACACACGGAGCAAGAAGCCAGCUACGGCAGAGACGCCUUUGCCAAGGCAAUAUAUGAGCGUCUUUUUUGUUGGAUCGUUACUCGCAUCAAUGAUAUUAUUGAGGUCAAGAACUAUGACACAACAAUCCAUGGGAAAAACACCGUUAUUGGUGUCUUGGAUAUCUAUGGCUUUGAAAUCUUUGACAACAACAGCUUUGAACAAUUCUGUAUCAAUUACUGCAAUGAGAAACUGCAGCAGCUAUUUAUCCAGCUGGUUCUGAAACAAGAACAAGAGGAGUACCAGCGGGAAGGGAUCCCUUGGAAGCACAUUGACUACUUCAACAAUCAGAUCAUUGUGGACCUUGUGGAGCAGCAGCACAAAGGGAUCAUUGCAAUCCUAGAUGACGCUUGCAUGAAUGUUGGCAAAGUCACUGAUGAAAUGUUCCUUGAAGCGCUAAACAGUAAAUUGGGCAAACAUGGUCAUUUUUCCAGCCGAAAGGUCUGUGCCUCAGACAAAAUUCUGGAGUUUGAUCGAGAUUUUCGAAUUCGACAUUAUGCAGGUGAUGUAGUCUAUUCUGUCAUUGGUUUUAUUGACAAAAAUAAAGACACUUUAUUUCAAGAUUUCAAGCGCCUUAUGUAUAACAGUUCCAAUCCUGUGCUGAAGAAUAUGUGGCCCGAAGGCAAACUGAGCAUUACAGAGGUGACCAAGCGACCUCUGACUGCCGCUGCCCUGUUUAAGAAUUCUAUGAUUGCUUUAGUAGACAACCUUGCGUCAAAGGAGCCAUAUUAUGUACGUUGCAUCAAGCCCAAUGACAAGAAGUCCCCACAGAUAUUUGAUGAGGAACGCUGCCGGCAUCAAGUGGAAUAUCUUGGACUACUGGAAAACGUGAGAGUGCGUCGGGCAGGAUUUGCUUUCCGUCAGACCUAUGAGAAGUUUCUUCACAGAUAUAAGAUGAUCUCUGAAUUCACCUGGCCCAACCACGACCUUCCUUCAGACAAAGAGGCUGUCAAGAAACUGAUUGAACGGUGUGGUUUUCAGGAUGAUGUCGCUUAUGGGAAGACCAAAAUUUUCAUUCGAACACCCCGAACGUUGUUUACCUUGGAAGACCUCCGUGCCCAAAUGCUCGUAAGGAUUGUCCUCUUUCUACAAAAGGUGUGGCGGGGCACCCUGGCCCGCAUGCGGUACAAGAGAACCAAGGCAGCUCUGACAAUAAUCAGGUACUACCGGCGCUACAAAGUGAAGUCAUACAUCCAUGAGGUAGCCAGGCGCUUCCACGGGGUCAAGACCAUGAGAGACUACGGGAAGCAUGUGAAGUGGCCAACCCCUCCUAAGGUUCUUCGCCGUUUCGAGGAUGCCCUACAGGCGAUUUUUAAUAGAUGGAGAGCAUCCCAGCUCAUCAAGAGCAUUUCUGUUUCAGACCUGCCCCAGGUCAGGGCAAAGGUUGCAGCCAUGGAAAUGUUGAAGGGUCAAAGGGCUGACCUUGGGCUUCAGAGAGCCUGGGAAGGCAACUACCUUGCUUCGAAGCCAGAUACACCUCAGACCUCAGGCACUUUUGUCCCUGUUGCUAAUGAACUGAAACGGAAGGACAAAUACAUGAAUGUCCUCUUUUCCUGUCAUGUCCGUAAGGUGAAUCGAUUUAGUAAGGUGGAAGACCGAGCAAUUUUUGUCACUGACCGUCACCUGUAUAAAAUGGAUCCCACUAAACAGUACAAGGUGAUGAAGACUAUCCCUCUGUACAACUUAACUGGUCUGAGCGUCUCCAAUGGAAAGGACCAACUUGUAGUGUUCCAUACAAAAGACAACAAAGACCUCAUUGUCUGUCUGUUCAGCAAGCAGCCAACCCAUGAGAGUCGAAUUGGGGAACUCGUUGGAGUGCUGGUGAAUCAUUUCAAGAGUGAGAAACGCCACCUUCAAGUGAACGUCACCAACCCGGUGCAGUGCAGCCUGCACGGGAAGAAGUGCACCGUCUCCGUGGAGACUCGGCUCAACCAGCCGGAGCCCGACUUCACCAAGAACCGCUCAGGCUUCAUCCUCAGCGUGCCCGGGAACUGAGGCCGCCGGGGGAGGCCUGGCCCGGUCUGGCUGCGGCCACCCCACUCGCCCCGCUAGAGAGCAGCUGGCCAGGGCCCGCGCCCGGGCAGGAGCCUCUUCCCCUUCUCUGAGGCCGUUGCGCCGUGAGGUUUCUUCCCGGCUUUCUGCCUUUGGUAUCCGCCUUCCUCUGUCCUGACUUUCCACGGUCCCUGCUCAAAAAACCAAAGACCCUGGUGCCCCACCCCAGACCCCCGGGCUCACAGCCAGACCACGCCUCGCCUCAGAGGCAGCUGGAGGGCGCCUUAGUUGGUGCAGGCGUUCCUGAACGGCCAGGCCAAGUCAGCACACCUCGAGCCAGUGACCAGCUGCUGACCCUGCGAACGGACAGGCGGGAGAGCUCAGGACGCAGCUUCCCAGCCAAAGAUGUGCUCGCUUGGGGUGUCGGGGAGACCUGGUAGACGCAAGCUGGGGGUGCAGCCCUGCACUCUCCGUGACCCCACCUGCCACCUCUGCCCCCCAGGGUGACCCAGCCCUCAGGACCCGGCUCAGGGAGGCUGGUCUCAGAGCUCAGCAGACUCCCCCACCCCACCCCCAGCAGCCAGCCAAAGCCACCAGGUGAGCAGGGGCACCUGCAGAGCCCAGCCCCUCACCCAGGAGUCAUGCCCAGCCGGGACGCCAGCGUCCCCAGGCUGCCCCUGCGCGCAGCUCUGGAGAGAGCAGUGUGCCCGUGCCCUGGGAUCGUCUCACCUAACCCACAGCCCGUGGCCGUGGCCAUCUUACACUUAUUUUUGCAGUUUGCAGGGCUGCUAAUCAGAUAUCUGCUGUCGCCACACUUGUGUCAAGAAUCCUAAUAAGAAAAUGGAGCUGCCGGGGAGGGGAACACGCAGGGCUGGCAGCUUUGUCUCUCUAACACCUCGCACGCUUCCCCUCACUGGAGAACUAGGACGGGGCGGGGCCGGAGCACACAGCAGAGACAGGAAGGGGAGCGACAGAGACAGCGUGGGGUCCUGGCACUGCAGGCCAGGCCAGGACGGCACCACCACACCCUGCACAGCCCCUGCCGGGGCUGGGCCCAUGGACCCCUUGCCACCAAGCACACGGCUCCAGAGGCCUCGCUGAGCCCACCUCCUCCCCCAGCCCCGGCUGCCGACCAUGCCGUGCACGGCCCAGGCCUCCCGACGGGAGCCUUGAAGGAAGAGGGGCUCAGAACCAGCCCGUUGUGAGGAGAUGCGGGUGAGCCCAGGCCUCAGGAGGAGCAGGCGGGGGUGCGACAGGGGCGUAGCGAAGCCUUCACUUUCUGCCACAGAUGCUGCCCCCAGACCUGGCAGACCCAAGGGCCUGUGAGCAGGUCCCGCACCGCACCCAGGGAGGCGCCUGCAGCCUGGUCUCAUGCCCACCUCCACCCCUGCUUCCCGGGGCUUGCAGACAUUUGCACUACGUGCAAUUUGCAACAAAGAAUCCUGUUGGCAUCCUGUCCUUGGGAGCCCUGUCUGCAGGCGCAGAGGUGCCACCAGCACGGUCUAGCAACGCUCACAGCUUUGCCAAUUACCAGUAGAUACUAGUUGAACCAUGUAACUGGAACUUCACCUCUCCUUCCCACGUAUUUCCCCAAACUUGUUGCUUUACACUAGACACAUGCAAAUGUAUGUUUUAAACACACCAAAACAGAUCAUGCCAAAUGAGUUGCCUGUCGGAGGCUGGAGAGGAAGAGGGUUUGGGUUUGGUCCUUCCCAGCCCCUUGGAUGUUGCCUCGGGCCCUCAGCCCCAGCACCAGGGCCUCCCAGUCAAGGCCACAGGCCAAGCACUUUUUUAUGAUGUACUAGAAGCCACGGUGUGUGGCCACUGCAAAGGGAUCGGGAAUUUAGGGAGUGAUCGUGGUGAUGCGUCCGGGGUGCCGAGGGAAAGGAAGAGGACACGGUGAUUGUAUGCGAUGAAGUGUUUCUCCUGAUUUAAUUAAAUGCAAUUUUAUGGUUUGGUGCGUAUAUUCCUAUUUUCCAUUAAAUUAACUUUAUUUCUAAAGCAUAUUUUGAUUUACCAUCAAGAGCAAUAAAGCAUUAAAUCUUA